AAAUCACCAUAACUUAUCACGAUAAGCUUUUCAAAGACGCAUAUCAUCUACAGCAUUUAGGUUGUGCACCGAAUUCCCCCCCCUCCCCCCCCAAAAAAAAACAAACGCCAGGAAUUCGUACAUGUAACCGAUAUAAUACCGUCAUCAUGCCAGCUCGAGUAUCCGCAAGGUCUGGGCGUAGCUCUGCUGCCGUAUCUCAUAAAGCAUCUGGCGCGACGCUGAACCCACGCGGCUCUGCUACAUCCCGCGCAUCGUCAUCCAAUAUCGACGUCCCCGAAGAGGCUCCCGAAAAUGAACUGCGGACACAAAUAUGCGCAAUAUUUCGUGAUGCCCAGAAGACUACCGCCACCCAUAGAAAACUGGUUGUUAACCUCCGCAAGAUUCAUGAGGCUUGCUGCUAUGAGCCGACACGUCCCAAAAAGGCCGCUUCCACUGAUUUCCACGAAACUCACUUCAACGACGAAUUUUCCCGAUGCGUCCUCAGAGCCAUGCCCGUGAAAAAGAGCGAAGGUGUUGGCGAGAAGACAAUACGCUUUGUCGGCCUGUUCCUACGCCACGCCAAUGACAAGGACAAUGAGCUGCUAGGAGAAGAAGAUGUCGAUGCUAGUACCAUGCCCGAAACUCCAAGCACUCGUCUCACCACUCAGGUCAUGGAAGCUAUCUUGCCUUUGCUAACCGCCAAGGACAAGUUUGUUAGAUAUAGAUCAACACAGCUAAUCUCUCAUGUCAUCAACUCAUUAGACGCCAUUGAUGAUGACUUAUUCCAGAAGUUGCGUUAUGGCCUCCUGAAGAGAAUCCGCGACAAGGAAGCCAUGGUUCGUUCACAAGCUGUGCUUGGUCUCGGGAGAUUGGCCGGUAAUCAAGUUGAGGGCAUGGUGAACUCGGAUGAUAGUGAUGAUGACGCCGAGACUGGCUUGCUUGAGAAGCUCCUAGAAGUUUUGCAGAACGACCCCAGCGCCGACGUGAGGCGCUCGCUUCUUGUCAAUCUACCUAUUCUUCCGAAUACUCUCCCCUACCUUCUAGAAAGGGCCAGAGACCAAGAUCCAGCCACUCGUCGCGCAGUCUAUUCUAGGUUGCUACCCGCGCUCGGCGACUUCCGACAUCUCUCCCUUUCGAUGCGAGAGAAGCUACUCCGGUGGGGACUACGAGAUAGAGAUGAAAAUGUCCGAAAGGCUGCUGGAAGAUUAUUCCGCGAGCGCUGGAUCGAGGAUUGUGCCGGUGUCAACCCGCCUGAGGAUGGCGAGCAACCGGCUGUAUCGGCCCCUCCGACUUUGGAUAGCCUUCUCGAAUUGCUUGAACGUAUAGAUGUCGUUAACUCUGGCGUUGAAAAUGGCGUUGCGUUGGAUGCUAUGAAGGGUUUUUGGGAAGGUAGGCCGGACUACCGCGAUGCCGUAGAAUUUGAUGACCAUUUUUGGGAGACUCUUAGCGCCGAAUCGAUCUUUAUUGCCCGGAGCUUUAACGAGUUCUGUCGGACUGAGGGAAAGGGGAAGUAUGAGUCUCUAAUCGAGGAGAAACUACCCGAGGUCACAAAGCUCGCCUUCUUUCUCGAACGCUAUCUAAACGUUCUCAUUGAAGCCACCAAGAGAGUCGGUAGCCAGGACAGCACAGAGGGGGAUGAGGAAGAAGAUACGGUUGAACAAGAGUUCAUCGUCGAGCAACUUCUUCACAUUAUUCUCACUUUGGAUUACUCUGACGAAGUUGGUCGACGCAAGAUGUUUGCCCUAUUACGACAAACCCUUUCCAUACCUGAACUGCCUGAUGAAAUCACCAAGCUGACCAUUGAAGUGCUUCGAGACAUAUGUGCACCGGACACCGCAGGCGAAAAGGAAUUCUGCAGUGUUGUACUUGAGGCAGUCGCUGAUGUCCACGAUACUAUCGUCGACGAUGAGUCCGCGGUCGGCGAUGGGGAGGAAAGCUUCCAUUCGGCUAGAUCUGAGGUCAGCGGCGAUAGCACCCCUACCAAGAACGGAAAACACGGUGCGGACAACAGCAUAAGCGAGGAGGAAGCUCGGGAGAAAGCGAUCAGGGAGAUCAUGAUCAAUAUGAAAUGCCUACAUAUCGUCCAAUGCAUGCUUUCCAACGUGGAAGGGACUCUCCAGCAGAACGACCACCUGGUGUCCAUGCUCAAUAACCUAGUCGUCCCCGCAGUCCGCAGUCAUGAAGCCCCGGUUCGAGAGCGCGGGCUAGUUUGUCUAGGACUAUGUUCGCUCCUCGACCGGCCGCUUGCCGAAGAAAACCUGACCCUCUUCAUGCACUUCUUCAGCAAAGGGCAUUCGGCUCUUCAGAUCACCGCACUCCAGAUCUUAACCGACAUUUUGAAUGUGCAUGGAGCACAAUUGCUCUCGGCAAACCCGGCACUGUUGAAGGUGUAUGUCCGGGCACUACGAUCUGGCUCUAAAAACCCGGAAGUUCAGGGUGCGGCAACAGUUGCUGUCUGCAAAUUGCUGCUAGGCCGUGUAGUAACUGACCAUGACACAUCCUCGGAGCUUCUCAAAACGCUAAUAGUUGCCUAUUUUGAUCCUUCGACCGCAGGAAAUCAGAGCGUCAGACAGGCGCUUAAUUAUUUCCUCCCCGUCUUUUGCUUUUCUAGAGCUGAGAACCAGGAACUCAUGGGUUCUGUGGCACUUGACGCCCUGCAUGCUCUCUACAACGUUAGAGAGGGCAUCGAUGAUGACGACAUGGAUGUCGGCGACGAGAUGGCCAGUCUCAACACCAUCGGCGCCUGUUUAGUGGAUUGGACCGAUCCUCGGAAGUGUUAUACUCCUGGCAUUCCCAUGGACGCAGACAAGAAGAACGUGAACGGGGACGUCCAUCUGGACCUGGCGAGGGAUAUUCUUGAGAAGUUGAACAGCAACUUCAGCAAGGAAGAGAAGAAGGUGAUCGCGCCUUUACUAGGGAAAUUACAUGUCUCUUCAGCCUCCUCGGAGGAUAAGAUUCGUAGCCUGUAUGAAGAUAUAUCAGCGGCGGUUGAAGAGAACAUACUGUCGGAUGCCACAAGCAGGAAUGCACUUUACAAGAUACACGUGAGCCUAGGAAAAAUCGUGAAUCAGCUUGGGGAACAAGACAAGAUGUCCAGACGAAGCACCAGUAGGAGUGUCUCUCUUACCCCCGACGACAAGACCAUUGCAGAAGACGUAACCGUCGUUCCGGUGCCAAUGAUCAAGGAGGAGCAGGGAGAAGAUAACGUGGAAGAGGAGGCCGAUGUCUCCAGCUCUACGAUUCGUCGUAGUGGGGUGGAUUCACUCGUAGAAGACCUGUUGUCAGACGGAGAGGAAUGAAGGUUAUUACCCGGGCACACAGGAGCCAUGUCCCGGUUUAAUACGCCUAUGUAAUGAGAAGAAUGUCACACUUCUUUAGACAACGCAAUUCUCAAGUUAGGUAUAACGAAUACACUUAUCAAUAAUGA